CCAGGCAAGGCUGGAAGGGCAGCAACGGCGGGCGGAAUGGGUCCUCGCCGCCGGCUUCGCUGAGACUCGCUCGCGUGGGCUGCCCGCGGCGGGCCAGCAGUGGCCGCGGCGGCAUGAAGGGCGCUCUGGGAAGUCCCGUGGCCGCGGCCGCCGCAGGCGCCGCGAUGCAGGAGAGUUUUGGCUGCGUCGUAGCCAACCGCUUCCACCAACUGCUGGACGACGAGUCGGACCCUUUCGACAUCCUGCGCGAGGCCGAGCGCCGGCGCCAGCAGCAGCUGCAGCGCAAGAGGCGCGAUGAGGCAGCAGCGGCGGCGGCGGCCGGGGUCGGCAACCGCGGCGGCAGGAGCCCAGCCGGGGCCUUGGGCCACAGACCCGGCGCUGGUGGUGGCCGGAGGGAGUCCCAGAAGGAACGAAAGGGUCUCCCGGCCUCUGGUGCACAGCAGCCGGACAGUCCUGGGGGCGGCCCGCAGCCAUCCGGAUUUUCAGUUUCCCACUUCCUGUUUAGCGAGACCGGCCAACGCAAAAGCCAGAAACGACCUCCUAGAAGAGGGGAGCAGCAAGGAUGGAAUGAUAGCCGGGGGACAGAGGUGACGCUGGAUAGAGCAGAGCGGAGAUCUUACAGAGACUACCAACCCUAUGAGACUGAGAGGCAGGCGGAGUUUACACCUGAGAAGUUGACAGAUGAAAAACCAGUCGAUAGAUUUGAUCGAGAAAGACCACUGAGAGGACGCGGAGGCCCAAGGUGGGGCCUGAGGAGCAGAGGCAGAGGUGGUCCUGGGAACAGAGCUUUUGAUGGUUUUGACCAGAGAGGGAAACGGGAAUUUGAGAGAUACGGUGGGAAUGAUAAAAUAGCAAUCAGAACUGAAGACAGUGUGGGUGGAUAUGGAGUUCGCACCUGGGGAUCAGGUAAAGAUACCAGUGACGUGGAGCUGAUGGUGCCGAUGGAGGAGACUGCUGUGCUGGAGGAGCCACCAGGUUCCCUGGAGGAGGGGUCUCCAGCCAAAGUUCCUGAGUUGGAGGUAGAAGAAGAAACUCAAGUUCAAGAGAUGACCCUAGAUGAGUGGAAAAAUCUUCAAGAACAGACCAGACCAAAGCCUGAAUUUAACAUCCGGAAACCUGAGUCCACCGUCCCUUCCAAAGCAGUGGUGAUACAUGAGUCCAAAUACAGAGAUGAUAUGGUAAAGGAUGACUAUGAGGAUGAUGCCCACGUAUUUCGGAAAGCAGCCAAUGACAUCACAUCCCAGCUGGAGAUUAAUUUUGGUAACCUCCCUCGUCCUGGGCGUGGAGCCAGAGGUGGCACACGGGGAGGCCGGGGAAGGAUCAGAAGGACAGAGAACUAUGGACCGAGAGCAGAAGUGGUGACACAAGAUGUUGCUCCAAACCCGGAUGACCCUGAAGACUUUCCUGCUUUGGCUUGAGAGAGCCCUGUUUCCCUGGCAACUUAGAACAGCAUUGGCAUACCUAUGAAGAGACUUUUCUUGCUAUGGGGAAGAGAGUCAGACUCUAAGAACAAUAGAUGUUGCUUUUCCCCUGUGUAGUGUGAAUUCAUUGUACUUUUUUGACCUGGGGAGAGGGAGGCUUGGGGAGGUGCGAUAGCGAUUUCUCCAGUCUAGAGCUACAGUUCCAGCCAGGGGUUAGUCUGGCACUUUCCCAAUAAGGUGGAGAAUGGGGAUUAUUUUUUUAUUUAAGAAUUUCCAAAUGAAGUCCAGAAAUAGUUUAAAAUGUGUACAUAGAGAUUAUAAAAUAGAAUCUAUUGAGUCUACUUAGUAAGUUGUAAAGAUAUUGGAAGUCCAUAUCCUUUACUAUUAAAGGAGAUACAUAUAUCUUGGACCAUUAAUUUAAAGCAGUCACAGCCUAGUUUUCAGAGACCAAGAUAUUAAAAUACAAUUGUAUUUACUGUUUACUUGUAAAUGUUAUACUCUCCUGGGACUUUUUGAGUUUUGUUUUUCAUUUAACUGAUAAUUUUAAAUAGCUAUUGUAUGGCCAUUGAUUAACACUCUGUGACAGAAUUAGGGAAAGUUUUGUUUUUUUUUAAUAGUGAUUUAAACUACCUCGUGGUUUCUGUGUGUAUGUACACACAUGCUUAGUAUAAAGGUGAUAUUUAGUCUUCGGGUGGUUUUUAGGAUGAGUAUUAAAUCUAUGAUUUUUAUAAUCAUGUUAUUUAACCCACCAAUCUAAUGAAAAGGUCCAGGCGCCGGAGUGUUGCAACGUAACACCAUAUCCUUUUCUCCCUCGAAACUAAGUGUCAGAAUUCAGCACCCAUGUACAAAAACCCUCUCUUUUUGUCCUGGGCAAGACUUGUAAAUAGCUAAUAUGUAUUGAACACUCACAUGCAGUUUUCCUCACUCAGUCCUUGCACCAGUUCGAGUUCCUAUUUCUUGCCUUUGGUGAAUGUUCGGGGUUUGGGGCUACAGCAGAGGUUCAGUAAAUUCCCCAGUCCCACCCUAACCAACAAGCUGAGACCUGUAGAGCCCACACUCUCAGCCGGGCUGGGGCAGAGGUAGCUAUAACAGCUGCUGAAAGCUGGGGUGAUGUUCUCCCAACUUGAAGAAACUGUGGGUAACAUUUGCCUGUUGUGACACAGUUAACAUGCUUGUGUUCGAAUUUGAACCUUGGCCCCAGGAUCUGUGCUUUUUCCCGCUUCGCUACACUAAGAUGGCUCUGAAUUUGAACCCGAGUAUAAAUAAAGGUUGGUAUUCCCUCCUAA